AUGGCCUCGCCCCCACAGAGGCAGCGCUUGGGAGCGUGCGGCCACUGCCGCGCGCUGACUCACAUCUCGCCACAGACCGGCCUGUGCCACCAAUGCAUCGUCCAGUUCAAGCAUCUUCGGCGCCGCCAACGAGAUGAUGAGAGGCUGCUCGCGUUCGGUCUCGAAAAUGGACUGGAGGGACCCUACGAGCUUUCCACAACGCCGGUGGUCAGCAGCCCGUUGAGGAAGACUGCUGCACCACUCUUCGUCCUUUGCGUGGCCUACCUGAGCAACAAUGUGGACCUGAUCGAGCAGGAGGCCAUCCACUACUUGCCCAGCGAGGUUCGCUACUUCCUCUUCCUCCUUGAGCUCAGCCACAAGCGCUUUGCGCCUCCAUCUUCUUCGAAAUCGAGUAGCGGAUCUUCAUCUUCAUCAGCUGCUCCUCGCCUUCGCCUCGCCAAGCGAUUCCUCUCAUCCACCAACGUCAUCUCUCCAUUCCAUUCCUCUUCAUCUUCAUUCGAAGCGUUUGAUUUCAGCGCCCUCAAGAGCCUCACCUGUCUCAACCCGAGUCAAGUCGAGAACGUCUUCGACUACCUGACCUCGUUCGGGCGAUCAUCCAUCGAGGGCCUUCGCAUCCUCUCGCUCAAGGGCCUCCCAUUCAUCAACGACGCGGCCCUCAAGACCGUCGCCGCCCAGAUGCGACUGCUGCGCGUACUCGACGUCUCCUUCUGCGACAACAUCACCGACGAGGGCAUCGCCGCCCUCCUGCCUCGGUUCAAGCCGGCCCAGACGCGCGACAGCUGGGAGGAGCUCGAGGACGGCGACAGCGGCAGCAGCGAAGACUCCUCCGAUGAGUCAUCCCUCCUUUGCGGCCUCCUCCAUCUGCGACGGCUCGGGAUCUACGGGUGCAGCCAGCUGACGCGAGCCAAUCUGAAGGCCCUGCGGAUAGCCUUCAUGGGCCGACCCGCGCUCACUGUCUACACGUCGAUGCUCCUCGUGCGCGGCGUCGAUGACGACGACAGCCACGCCUACGCCUACGACGACCGCGCGGUGGUCCUCCUGGCCGCCGCGGCGGCCCAUAAGCCCGCCCUGUGGGAAGUCACCGCAGCCGCAGCCGUCGACAGCUCGCGCGCCGACCGCGAGUGGAGCGCCGACGAAGAGGCUGAACCAAGCCAAGAGAAGCCCAAGACUCGACAAGAAGACGAAGAAUACGUCGGCGUCGAUCGUCGACACCCGGCGGAGGGGUCGCUGAAGGUAGUCACGUUCGUCAACGACACGCUCCAGUGGAACGUGGCCGAGGAGGAGGCCGUCUACGCGCUACACGGCUAUCAGAUCGAGGAGAUCGAGGAGCUGAGGGGCCGGUACUACGCACCCGACCAGAAUGAAGACGGCUACAUUGGGAUCGGUCGUGGUGGUCGGCAGCGAGCGCAGCCCGCGAAGAAGGCGCGGCCGUCGCUGUACGUCCCCCACGACGAGCAGCUGCAGGCCCUGGACGCGUUCCGAAGCACCAGGCGAGCAGAG